AUGUCUAGAAUAUGGAAACCAAGAAGUGUCUGGGAGGAUGAGACGCCGGGAAGCACAGCUUCAAACGGGAAGAAAACAUUCUGGUUCUAUAAAUCAAGCAAAAAUCCAGACCACGAAGAAGAAGAAGAAGACACGAAAAUAAAACGGAUUAGACGAGUGCUGUUUUUUAUCGCUUUUAUUUUUGGCAUAACACUUCUUGUAUUGCUAGCUGUCGCUGCUUAUCUAGCACUCGCUCCAAAUUCAUCAACAUCGACUACAAUAAUCACAACGACAAGUACUACACCAGAGACAAGUACUACAUCAGAGACAAGUACUACAUCAGAGACAAGUACUGCAUCAGAGACAACAACUACUUCAGCAACAGCAAUGAAUGUGGCUUGUACCACAUCUGGACAAGGCACUCUACAGAUUGUGACUGGAGGAAGCACCAUUUGGACUCAACACCAAUUAAACUACACGGCAUCAACCGCAUCGCCUAUGAUCAUGUUUGGGUUUCAGAUUGUAAAUAGUAAUACUUACUAUUUGGACUCCGUCUCUAUUGUUGAUCAAAAUGCACCCAGUAUUGAACUACUGAUGAAUCCAAGUUUUGAGAACUCAAUAACAAUUCUAAUUGACUGGACACAGUGGUGUAUAACUGGCUGCGGUACACCGUCAUGGAUAGCAUCCGGCUCUAAUUGCCAUUUGGGCAUAGGUAAUUGCUUUCAAGAUAGCUGCAUUUCUUCUAGUGGUAUAAAUUUCCUCACUCAGCCAUUUACAGCUUCUGUUGGCGACACAUACACAAUAUCUUUCUGGGUUCGAUUAGGUGGCGCUGGUCCGCGUCCGCUCAAUAAAUUGUACGUCGAUAUUAUUUAA